AUGAACAUCUUCAGAUUAACUGGAGACCUCUCCCACCUGGCGGCUAUUAUUAUUUUACUGCUCAAAAUAUGGAAAACCAGGUCUUGUGCAGGCAUUUCUGGGAAGAGCCAAAUCUUGUUUGCCGUGGUUUUCACCAGUCGCUAUCUGGACCUGCUCUCAUCUUUCAUCUCCCUCUACAACACUACCAUGAAAGUGAUCUACAUAGGGUGUGCCUAUGCCACUGUUUACCUCAUCUACAUGAAGUUCAAGGCCACCUAUGAUGGUAACCAUGAUACGUUCAGGAUGGAGUUCCUUAUUGUUCCUGUAGGGGGGCUGGCUUUCCUGGUCAACCAUGACUUCUCUCCUUUAGAGAUCUUGUGGACGUUCUCCAUCUACCUGGAGUCGGUGGCCAUCUUGCCCCAGCUCUUCAUGAUCAGUAAGACUGGUGAGGCGGAGACCAUCACCACCCACUACCUGUUCUUUCUGGGCAUGUAUCGAGCCCUCUACCUCUUCAACUGGAUCUGGCGUUUCUACUUUGAGGGCUUCUUUGACAUGAUUGCCAUUGUGGCAGGUGUGGUCCAGACCAUCCUGUACUGUGACUUCUUCUAUCUCUACGUUACCAAAGUGCUGAAAGGAAAGAAGCUGAGCCUUCCAGCAUAAGAACUAGACAGGGAGACCCGCAUCUUCAAGCAGACUCAGGGCAUGUGGAAAAAACAUCCUGAAAUCCCUCCAAGCCAGCAGAAGAUGUAUGAGACAGAGCCAAUGGGAGGCAUAAUACUAGUCUCUUCGUCAUGAGUAUAACUGAACUGGUAAACACCAACAAGUUCCAGAACUGAACAUCGUAUGAACACGGGUUCUUGAUCAGCCUUUGGGUUCCUGUUUUUAGCAUCUUGCCUUACCUUUUUUCUACUUGUGAGAUGUGUUUUUUAUUAAAUAAGGUUGACUCAAUGCAAAGUUCCUUGUUGAACUUGGUAAUAAAAAGCACAAUGCUAAGUC